AAAAAGAAAAGCCCAAUGGCCGUCUUUUGCAGGCGGAGUUGGGUCGGUUGGGUCUCUUAUCUUGUUCGUGCUUCCACCGUGUAUCUCAAGUAAAAUCUCGGGAUAUGAAGCGAAAUCUUUUUGCGCACAGUUUAUCGUAGGUGUAAAAACUACGGCAACGACACUUGAGUACUUGAGCUAACACGCCGCCGCCUCCCUGCUGGGAAGAAGUGUGGUUGCCGUAGUUGAGCCAAAAUUGUACAUCCUUUCUACACCGAGUCGUUUUUCGAGAACAUCAUGGGACAACCCUUGAGUAGCGCUGACCAUGUUUCGCGUCAGGCCUGGAAGGAGAUCGCGACGCUGACAUUUCAAGAUUUUAUCGCCAAGAUAGAGGAGUUGAAUGAAAUAUGCCGGUCACAACCUAGACAGAGAAGACUCGUUUUCAAGGCGUGCAAUGUGACAGACACCCCUGUGCUUUGGAAAAGCACCGUUCAAGUACGAUGUAUGAGGGUGAGCACGACUGUACCACCCGCAGUGCAGUCGUACAGACUUCUCUCCCUGCGAGAGUUCCUGCAGUCCUACCACAUGAUUAAGGCAUACCACUCGGCUGCUGCAGCGUCACAGCACGAAACUGAUGGCAGCGAAAAAUCCUUUUCCUCUCUUUUUGACAGCCUUCAAGAUAACCUGGAAGAGUGUUGCGUAUGCAUGGAACGCAAACCUCAAGUCACCUUGCCUUGCACUCACAGCUACUGUCUCUUCUGCAUUGAACAAUGGAAUGUCUCCAACACAACCUGCCCUUUGUGCCGAGAAGAGUUCAAUACAACCGAUGAGACGUGGGUCAUGUCGGAGGCACCAGCUUCCGAAGAAGUUCUCAGUGAGAUGGAGAAGGCACUCGUCGAGAUUUCCACCAAGCACAGCAGCGACAACGCAUCUUGAACAUUUUAAUGGGUGUCGCAACUCGUGCUUUGACUGUGCGGAACAUUUCCACGUUUCCUGCGACUCAAGAGAAAGGGACUGCCUUAGUCCUAGGAGAAGGACUAUACAGUCCUUCUCCUCUGGGUUAAUAAGGUACCGAGGAUUUGUGCCACGGAAAUAUCCAACAUGUAGGGAACAGCUCAAAAACAAAAGCCACCCCCAUACAAAGCUUUCUUAGUCAACAAACUAUUGUGGGAUGAUAGUUUAUAACGGAAUUAUUUUACGUAGGAAACUAAAAAGAUAAUUUCUGCACGA